CCGCAGCCCUUUACAUCUCUCACCCGCUCGCCCUUCCGUUCAGCGCAUGUAAUAUCUUGUCCCGUCGCCCUCGAUAACCCCCCUUCCGUGCCGAUAAUCAUGGGACAGAAGCCCAGCAGCCCGUUAGCGACUUGCCUCGACAAAGUCUGCAACGGCCGAUCCUCUUGCGUUGGGUAUCCAAACGAUCCACUCUUCCAAAUCAACUGGGUGAAGCCGUACAACCUCGACAUCCCGGUGCAGCCUAUCGCCGUUACCCGUCCAUCAACGGCGGAGGAUGUCGCCGGUUUCGUCAAGUGUGCUGCAGAAAACAAUGUCAAGGUCCAAGCCAAAUCGGGCGGUCACUCAUAUGGCAAUUUUGCCAUCGGUGGCACCGACGGCGCUCUGGUCAUUGACCUCGUCAACUUUCAGAACUUCUCCAUGGACACAAAUACUUGGCAGGCAACCUUCGGUGGAGGCCACAAGCUGCACGAAGUGACGCAAAAGUUGCACGACAAUGGGAAACGGGCCAUUGCUCACGGCACGUGUCCCGGCGUAGGCAUCGGAGGCCAUGCCACAAUUGGCGGUCUCGGCCCCAGCUCAAGGAUGUGGGGAAGCUGUCUAGAUCAUGUCGUCGAAGUUGAGGUGGUCACGGCAGACGGCAAGAUCCAGCGUGCGAAUGACAAGCAGAACUCGGACCUGUUCUUCGCUCUCAAGGGCGCGGGCGCCGGCUUCGGCGUUAUCACCGAGUUCGUCAUGCGGACCCAUCCGGAGCCCGGCGACGUUGUGCAGUACUCGUACGCCAUCACCUUUGCCAAGCACCGCGAUCUUGUCCCUGUCUUCAAGCAAUGGCAAGAACUCAUCUUUGACCCAACCCUGGACCGUCGAUUCAGCAGCGAAUUCGUGAUGCAAGAGCUCGGUGUCGCCAUCACAGCUACGUUUUACGGCACAGAGGAUGAGUUCAAGAAGACGGGUAUCCCAGAUCGCAUCCCCAAGGGCAAGGUCUCUGUGGUAAUUAACAACUGGCUCGGCGACGUUGCUCAAAAGGCACAAGAUGCAGCGCUCUGGUUGAGCGACAUCCAGUCUGCCUUCACCUCAAAAAGUCUCGCCUUCACCCACAACGACCUUAUCAGCGAAGAUGGCAUCCAAACCAUGAUGGACUACGUGGACAGCGUCGACCGUGGUACGCUGAUCUGGUUCCUCAUCUUGGACUCCACUGGCGGGGCAAUCAACGACGUGCCCAUGAACGCUACCGCCUACCGCCACCGCGACAAGGUCAUGUUCUUCCAGGGCUAUGGCGUCGGCAUCCCGACGCUGAGCGGCAAGACCAAAGAUUUCAUGUCUGGAGUCGCCGACAAGAUCCGCAAAGCGAGUCCGAACGAGCUGAGCACAUACGCUGGGUAUGUCGACCCGACGCUCGACAACGCGCAGGAGAGGUAUUGGGGACCGAACCUCCCGGCCCUGGAGCGCAUCAAGGCGACAUGGGAUCCCAAGGACUUGUUCUCGAAUCCCCAGAGCGUGCGGCCCAACGCGAGCGCAAAGGACGUUGAACCCGCGGCUAGUGGUGGAUCGAACAAUAGCGGCUCCAAAGGCGGCGACAGCUAG